GCUCGCGUCUCGCCGCGCAGCCCUCCGCCAGUGAGUGCUCGAGCUGUGCGUGGUUGUCUCUGUUCGAUUCUGCCAGAUCUUAAAUUUUGCUCCUCGGCUUUAAUGGAUAUAAUUUCUCAAUUACAAGAACAAGUUAAUUUAAUUGCACAUCUUGCUUUCAAUACCAUUGGGACCUUGCAGAGGGAUGCUCCUCCUAAUCGGCUCUCCCCACAUUACCCUGAACCACCUCCACAUCCUACGGAGGAUGGCUCAAACUUUUCUGAACAGCCCAAGCUGAUGAGUGCUGGUUUGGUGAAGGCUGCUAAACAGUUUGAUGCAUUGGUUGCGGCACUUCCAAUAUCUGAGGGAGGUGAAGAAGCACAGAUUAAAAGGAUUGCUGACCUACAGGCUGAGAAUGAUGCUAUAGGCCAAGAACUACAGAAGCAACUCGAAGCUGCAGAGAAGGAAUUAAAUCAAGUUCAGGAUUUGUUUAAACAAGCGUCAGAUAACUGUUUGAAUUUGAAGAAACCUGAAUGAAGAAACUGGAAUGGUUCCAUUGACAGGGGAGAUUGGCACUAUGAUAGCCACAACUUUAUCUCCAGUUUGACAUGAAUCAUGAUCUGCAGUAUAAUCUUUUAGAAGCCUUUGUUAGGUUAUUAGAUUCUUCACCUGGAUGAGGCUGUUGUAGCCACUCUAUCAAAUUGACAUUUAAUUAUGUUGUGUUAGAAGUUGGUAAUGUUAAUAUUAUUAUAGGGAUUUGUUA